AUGACCAUCUCCUACAGCAGCCAGCGAGGCACCGUGUGGGUGAGUGCUGCGGCCUUCGAGAAGAGUGCCUUCUCUGGCCCUGUGGACCGCCGACAGGCCCUGCACAUCUGCUGCGACUUUGCACCUCCGUGGCAUCCACCCUCGCGCUGGCCCAACGACGGCCUGCGGCGGGUGGGCGACGUGUGCGAUGAUGAUGAGGCGCCCGUCACGCAGCGCUUUGUGGAGGUGGCGGAGGACAGCGAUGACGAGUAUGAACAGCUGCAGGAGGCGCUGCGGCAAAGCCGUCUGCAGAAGCCAGGGGGCGAGGGCAGCUCGUCUUCAAGCUCGUCGCAGGCAUCGCCACAGGCACGAGCGUUGCAGGAGCUUGCCGGAUGCAGCUUUGAGGAGGCAGAGAAGGCCCUCCAGACCUUUGGCAGCGCCGACGCCGCUGCAGAUGCUCUCUUGGGCGGAAUGGCUGAGCCGCCUCUCCGGGCGCACGCGAAACAUGAGGAGCCGCGCGCGGAGACGAGGAAGAGGCCCGCGGAGUUCGAAGCGGGGGAGUGGGCGAAGAAGCCCAUGUCGGCUCCAACGGGCGGUGCCUCUGCUUCAGGUGCCUUUGCGCAGCGUUUGAGCUGCGCCCCUGCCAGCAUUGACCUGGAUGACUGA